CAAAAAAAAGCAGGAGGGUAUUAAUUCAGAACGGGAAUAAAAACGCGUCCAGGUAUAGAAAUAUUGGCGCGAAUUGUUGAAGGCUAAGACUUUUAUGUUUAUAGUCUAAAGUUAUUUCAAUUUAUUUAUCACGAAUAAUUACAACAUAAAAAUUUGAGAUGUUGGAUGAUGCGACAAUAGGACGUCUUCAGAGCUACGUAGCUGAUAGCAACGAAGUUCUAGAGUUAAAACUGCUACGAGAUGAGGGUGAUUUCAAAGAUAAAGAGACUUCUUUUCUUCCGGAGAUGUCUCACCAGGUAUUUGGUGACAGCGAGACCAUAUUCGGGUACAAAGAUCUUAAAAUAAAGUUGUACUACUCCGCUGGAUGUCUGGAGACUUAUCUGGCAAUGAGUUACUCGGACAAAUUCCGGAAGGGAAUGAACGAUGAAGUUGAGCCCGAUGAAGUUCUGCCUAAACUGGUGGACAAGUUAGCGCCAAAUGUUCAUGAUAACUUUGAUUCGUUUAUCAAGUCACUGGCCAAGGAUGACACAUUCAGACUCGCUGGAGAAUUGAUACACUCGUUCACUGUCACUGAUGAUGAGAACAAAACGCGUAAUUUUGAAGUAUUUAAAGCAGACAUGACCUGCAAAGGAUUCAAAGAAUAUCAUCAACGAUUACAGACAUUUUUACUCUGGUACAUAGACGCUGCUAGUUUUAUAGACAUCGAUGAUGACCAGUGGCACUACUUCAAUAUGUUUGAAAAAUACACAUCGGCAUCCGGGUGUUCACGUUACGCGACCGUUGGUUUUGCUACUGUCUAUCAGUAUUACGCUUAUCCAAAUCACACUAGACCGCGCAUUGCUCAAAUUCUCGUUUUGCCGCCAUUCCAAGGUCUGGGACUGGGCGCACAUUUAUUGAGAGCCAUUUAUCGACAAUAUAUUGGUGAUAAUCGUGUCACUGAUAUCACUGUUGAAGAUCCUUCUACGAACUUCCAACGAGUACGAGAUUACGUUGACGCGCUGAACUGCUUGACUCUACCGUCUUACGGGCCCGAGUUCCUCCUGCAGAAGUUCAACAAAACUAUGGCUCUAGAAGCGAGGGAAAAGUUCAAGAUCAACAAGCGACAAGCCAGGAGGAUCUACGAAAUUUUGAGGCUGAGAGUCACCGACCUGGCCAAUGAGAAAGAGUAUCGCGAGUACAGGCUAGAAGUUAAGAAACGUCUCAAUGUUCCUUACAAACGCGAGCGCAGAGAUUUAAAGAAAUUGGAGUCGGUUGUCAAGAGUCUAGAUCAAAAAGAAAGUGGGAAUGUCAUUCUUCUACCCAAUGAGCAGCGCAUUCAAACACUAGAGAAAGAAUACCGCGCGCUUGAAGAAGAGUACAAGAAAGUUAUAAAACGACUUGAUGAAACUUCCGAGCAUAUCGAGUUUGAACAUCAGCCACUAGGAGGUGUCACGUUCUGUAUUUAUUUUAAUAGUUGCAAUGACGUCAUACUGUGUAAAGGAUUGAGCGAAAAAAAUGAAAGCCAGGAAGAAUAUGUUAAAUAUUUGAAAACAUCUGGAUACGAUUGCCGAGUAUUGAGGACACUGAGCUUUGAAUUCAUAAAUCUAGAUCAUCUGAAAGAAUGUUUGCUCCAUCCUGAAUCAUACUCCGGUUUUAUAUUCACUAGUCCGAGAACAAUCGAAGCGGUAAAUUCAGCAGUAGAAAAUCUUGAUGAUUUAUGGAAAAAAUUGCCAGUGUUUUGCGUAGGGCCGUCGACAGAAACUCUAGCAAAACAAUGUCUCAGGUUGAAUUUAUGCGAAGGAUCACAUUGCGGUAACUCCCGUGAGCUGGCAGACUACAUUGUAAAUAAAUCUGAAAAAAAUAAUAAACCGCUGCUGUAUCCCUGCAGCGAAAUAUCACGAGACACGAUAGAAAAAGUUCUAACGACCAAUGGAAUUAAAUUUUCAAAACUAAAUGUCUAUAGAACUCUAGCCGCGGAAUCCCUCAGCGAAGAUUUGUCGAGAAUUAUCACGAACGACUGGAAAAUUUUUGUAUUUUUUAGUCCGUCUGUUGUUGAACACAUUUUGAAUGCUGCUAAUAAACGAUCACUAUCAUUAGCUAAAGUUAAAUCUGUAGCAAUUGGACCCGUGACAGCAGAGGCCUUGGCCAAAGCCGGAUUACCUGUUGCUGCUACCGCUGGGAAACCAGAUCCCGGGUCUCUUCUAGAUGCAAUAAAAAAUAUAAACGGAACGUAAUCAUGUGGAUUAAAAUAAUGAUGAAAUUUUUAAAACUGAUACGUGAUUUAAUAAAAUGAUUAUACAUAAAACGAUUGAUUAAAAUCCUUAUGUAAAUAUAAUUAUUAAAAUAUAAUUUUUAAACAUUUAAAAUAUAACG